ACUAGGUGGUUAGUAGCUCCAAGCCAAGAGUGUAAUCAGUCGUGUAACUGCAGGAAAGCCGACAGUGUUUAGGUCAGAUCGAACAAGCGCCGUUCUGUCGUUGCGACCAAUUCAAAAUAUCACAGGCCCUGGAUAUGGCUACGUCUAUACUUGGGGAAGAACCACGAUUUGGAACUACCCCCCUAGCUAUGCUGGCUGCAACUUGUAACAAAAUUGGUAACACCAGUCCCCUUACCACUCUCCCUGAAUCCAGUGCUUUUGCCAAGGGUGGGUUUCACCCUUGGAAAAGAUCAUCUUCAAGUUGUAAUUUGGGAUCCACCCUCCCAGGAUUCGCCGUGGCGACAAGCCGAGGAUCGACCGGACUAACGUCAACAACCGGGACGGGCAACAGCGCGUUCUGUUUAGCUUCCACUUCCCCGACCUCCUCCGCAUUUACGACAGAGUACAGCAGUUUAUUUUCCAACUCGGCGAGCGUGUCAUCGCAAGACUCGGGACAGUCAGCAUUCAUCUCAAAAGUUCACACUUCAGAAACCCUGUAUCCGCGGGUAGGGAUGGCACACCCAUACGAGUCUUGGUACAAAUCUGGCUUCCACUCAACCAUCUCCGGGGAAGUUGCAAAUGGGGCGUCCUCUUGGUGGGACGUCCACACUAACCCCAGUUCGUGGCUCGAAGUCCAAAAUCCGGCCAGCAGUCUGCAGACCUCGUUGCACUCUGGAACUCCCCAAGCCAUACAUUCACAGCUGAGCGGUUACAAUCCAGAUUUCUCAACAUUAACGCAUUCCGCCUUUAGUUCUACCGGGAUAAGUCCUACAGCGUCCCACCUUCUAUCCACCAGUCAGCACCUGUUGACGCAAGAAGGUUUUAAAACCGUGAUUCCCACGUACACAGACUCCCCCGCCGCGAACGCCAUGAUCUCAGGAGCCAGCACGGGCAUAGGAAGCUCCUCCAGGUCAUCCAGGAGAUACUCCGGCAGGGCAACGUGCGACUGCCCAAACUGCCAAGAGGCAGAGAGACUUGGGCCUGCCGGAGCCAGUCUCCGAAGGAAGGGACUCCACAGCUGUCACAUACCUGGUUGCGGCAAGGUGUACGGCAAAACUUCUCACCUUAAGGCCCACCUGAGAUGGCACACUGGGGAGCGGCCGUUUGUCUGUAACUGGCUUUUUUGCGGCAAAAGGUUCACGAGGUCCGAUGAACUGCAGAGACAUCUUCGGACCCACACCGGAGAAAAAAGAUUUGCUUGCCCAGUGUGUAACAAGCGCUUCAUGCGGAGCGACCAUUUGAGCAAGCACAUAAAAACUCACACCGUCGGAGGAGGAGGGAAGAAGGGAAGCGACAGUGACACCGACACCAGUAACCUGGAGACCCCCAGGUCCGAGUCCCCGGAACUUAUUUUAGAGGGGGUAAACUCCAGCAGAGUUACGGUCAAGGACCCGUCUCCACAUAACGACUCGUAAAUACCAUGAGCCACGAAAUGCGAAUAACCUCGAAGAUUACUUCAAAAAUACGUAAUCUAAAAUGGCAAAUUUUUAUUAAAGAAACGGGUCUGGGAUUUGUGACACACUGUAGGCUACGAAAGGUAAUAUUUACAAGAAGAUUUCAUAUUUUAAACUCAAAACCUUUUAUAAUCAAAUCAAAUUCACAACACACGGUAAUAUGAAAUAUUUUUAAAAUCCUUAAUACGCAUCAUAUGAGAUACAAAUUAAUUAUAUUAUAUAAGAAUGACUGGCCGUAUUUCAGACAAUUCAAGACAGACUAUGUAAGAGCAUAAACGAAUGACUUUUGUAUGGAAUAUUGCGCAAAAGGUGAGCAAACCCUAUGAACUUGGUGGAACAAUGUAUAUCGUUGACAUUCAUUGUGUACAUAUAACAGCCAUAAGGAACGUGUUAUAAUUCUUGUAAAUGUUGAUUAUGAUCGUUUUGUCCGUGGUUUGGUUCCUGAAAUUCAGGGAGUUUUCCUUUUACUUUAAAUGCACUUUGUGGAUAUCAGUAUGUAUGUAAACUGCUAUUUAAAUACGAGUUAACCUUUUUUCGAGCCUCGUACGUUCUCAAGAUAUUAUAAACAUUUACUUGUACGAAAAAACACAAGUAGACCUAAAUCUUUCAUUUUCUUUUAAUUAAAGGUAUCUGCAACAAAUAAAAAAACUUUCGUUAUUUGA